GAACCCGCGUUCCCGCGCGGCGCCCAGCCAAUGGAGCUUCAGCAAGCGAGCAACGCUGCUGCUGCUGAUGAUGAUGCUGCCGUAGUCGCUUGCCUGCUGUACAAGCAGUGGGAGCUUCACGCUGCCUUUCUCGGGAAGCGCACGAGCGAAAUAUCGGCUAAAUCAGUUCCAGAAGAGCCUUCAUUUAUUCACAUCCAGCCGUUUGGGCGAUCAGUCCGGCUAUUGUCGCGCGCGCGCGUGUUUCCUUAUUAGAAUUGUGAGCUUAUUUAUUUUUGAACACCAUAAUUGUUUAAAUAAACAUCGGACACAAUUACAACAUUUUUGUAAGCGUUGAUUAAACGCAAAAAACCCACUACCGUCGUGUUUCAUUCAUUCAUUAUCUAGACACACGUACAAAUUCUCGAUCGUACACAAUCAAAUCUCUCGCGAGGAUUUUUUUUCUCCCAUUUGCAGAUUUUAAAAAAAUCUCUUGGGUAUCAGAACAGCGAAUUAUGCUGUAGCGACACACGCGCGCACAGACACGUACAGACAACGCACGCACCGAGAGCCGCACACAGACCACCAACCCACCACCGCAGCAGCAGCAGCGUUCGAGCACACAGCGCAGGGCAGGCAGAGGAGGAGGAGGGUGGUGGUGGUGCCUUCGGUCAUCUUCCUCUCUCAUCUCGCCGCGCUCCACUGUGCAAAAUCCGCGAUGCCGUCGAGGGGCUAUGGCAGCCUGACCACUCUGCUGCUGCUGCUUCUGUUGGGCUGCGUUGCCGUCCUCGGAGCUCAUGGAGCGAGCGACGGGGGCGACGAGCCCAUCCCCACGGCGUCCUCCUCCACGUCCCCGGCCACGUCUGCCACGGAGGACGACGAGGCCUCGGUGCUCACCGUGACCUCGGUGACCUCCAGCCAGACGGUGCAGCCCAGCUCCGGCACGCAGCGGAUGCAGCCGGGGCUGCCGGCCAUCGCCGGCGGCUCGGCACUCUCUGACCUCGUGCACCGCUCCCUGCUCAAGAAGGACUUCCUGGGCCGCGAGCCGUUCUUCAGCCAGCAGAACGCCGGCCGUCUCGUCGCGUCGCUCGAGAGCGCCAAGCGCGAGGGCGGCCGCCUCACGAACCCCCGCGACCUCGAGAGCGCCGACAAACCCGCUGGCGAAAAGCCCGGCCGCGAUGACGACGACAAUGACAACAACAACAACCGGCGCGACGACGGUCACGGCAGCGACGACGGCAAUGACAAGGAGGCCCUGGCGGCCGCCAUGGCGACCACGGUGCUGACCACCACGGUCACCACGCCGACGCAGCAGACCAAGCUCCAGAUUUCCAACUCCGGGCAGACGGCGGCAGCGCCGGCGGUGGCAACGGCGGUGGCGUCGGCGACGGCAGGCACGACGUAUGGAACCACCGCCGAAGUUCUCACCACGGCUCGCAGCACCGGCGCGGCGGGGCCCGGCGCUCGGCGCGGCGGCGGCGGCGGCGUCGUCCCGGCUCACACGACGGCCAAGCGGCAGGACGCCACCUGGGCCACGCGUGCCCCGGCCCAGCCGACCCUGCCCACUGAGCCGCCGGGCGACUACGCAGCUACCCACGCGCGCACCCGGCUCGUCACUGCCGCGGACCCCACGGGGACGACGCGCGAUGCCGUCGGCAAGGCCCCGGCCGACGAGGAGCGAAGCGGCCCGGAGGAGCCGGAGCGCGGCGACGACGUCACUCCGCCGGGCGAUGGGGCGACUGCGAGUGGCAGCCUUGCCCCUCUGAGCGCAGCCGCCGCCACCGGCGCCGCCGCCGUUGCUACAAAUGAGGGCGGUGAUGGCAAAGCUGCUCCCACGGCAACGGUUGGCGUAGAGGAGCGUCCGACCGAAACGAGUCCCGUGGCUGAGGCCGUGCUGCCGGAGAUGGACAAGGACGAGUCGCUGGGUGUCGCGACCGAGGCGGUCGGACGGCCGGAGGUCACCGCGACCGUCGCUGCUGCUACCGCCGCUGUGGAGGAAGUAGAGGAGGAGGACGACGCUCUGUCGAGCGACGCUCAUCCAGACGGCGACGCGGCCACGUCCGCCGUGACCGAUGCCGACGAGGAGACGACCACCACCACCAUCAUCACCACGACCAUCAUCACCACCGUGCAGACGCCAGUGCCGUGCAACAUGAACUACACAGGCCCUGACGGCUACAUCGACUCGCCCGAUUCGCCGGGGUUUCCCUACUUCAGCAGCCUGGACUGCACCUACACCGUGACGGUGUACACCGGCUACGGCGUCGAGCUGCAGGUGAAGACCCUGAACCUGCUGGAGGGGGAAUUGUUGUCCAUCUACAGCAUCCUCGACGGCCGCCCCCUCGUGCUGGCCAAUCAGACGCUGCUCGUCGAGGGUCAGGUGAUCCGGAGUCCGACCAAUCAAGUGUCGGUUCAUUUCCAGAGUUUCCAGAUCGGAGUCCCGGGCUCGUUCCGAUUCCACUACCAAGAGUACGUGCUGAGCUGCCCGGUGCCGGGGAAGCCGGCGUUUGGCGAGGUGUACGUGAGCGGCCUGCACCCCGGCGGCAAGGCCUACUUCCACUGCAAGGCCGGGUACCAGCUGCGGGGCCAGAGCAUCCUCACCUGCAUCAACAGCACCCACCCGGGCUGGGACGCCACUGAGCCCCUGUGCUUAGCGAUGUGCGGAGGCCUCAUCCGGAACGCGUCCGUGGGUCGCAUCCUCUCGCCCAACUUCCCGGCCAACUACACCAACAACUUGACGUGCGUGUGGCUCAUAGAGGCGCCCGACGGCCAGCGGCUGCACCUGCACUUCGAGAAGCUGGCCCUGGCCGAAGACGACGACAGGCUGAUCGUGCGCAACGGGAACACGUCGAGCGCCGUCCCGCUCUACGACUCGUACGAGACGGAGUACUUCCCCGGCGAGGGCGUCAUCAGCACGAGUCGCUACUUCCGCCUGGAGCUCACGACCGACAACGUCGGCACGGCGCCGGGAUUCGCCGUGCGAUACGAAGCGUUCGAGCGUGGCCGCUGCUACGAGCCGUACAUCCAGUACGGCAACUACAGCAGCUCGGACCCGCUGUACUCGGUGGGCACCCUGGUGGAGUUUGCGUGCCACCCCGGCUACACACUGGAGCAAGGAACCCCCGUCAGCGAAUGCCUGGACAUCCGCGAGCCCUACUGGAACCAGACCGAGCCCAUCUGCCGUGCGCUGUGUGGCGGCGACGUAACCGGGUCGCACGGAAUCAUCCUCUCCCCCAACUACCCCGACAUCUACGACGAGGGCCAGGACUGCAUCUGGGGCGUGCGUGUGCGCGAGGGACGGCGCAUCCUGCUGGAGAUACAGCUGCUGGACAUCGGCAGCACGGACUCGGUGACGAUCUUCGACGGUGACGACCUGACGUCGCGCGCCCUGGGACAGUACGCCGGCACGCACCACCGCUUCCGCGUCUUCACCACGGGCUCCGAGGUCACGGUGCAGUUCCUGUCCGACCCCGCGGGGCCCAUCCCCGGCAGGGGUCGUGGCUUCGUCGUCCACUACUCUGAGGUCGUGCGUAACGACACGUGCUCGCCGUUGCCCGACGUGUCGCACGGCUGGAAGACGCUGUCUCACGCCGAGCCGAUUCGCGGCACGGUGGCCACGUACCAGUGCGAGCCGGGCUACGACAUCCUGGGCACCGACAUUCUCAUGUGCCAGUGGGACCUCUCCUGGAGCACCGACCCGCCCUCCUGCCAGCGCGUGCAGUACUGCUCGGACCCCGGCGUGACGGAGCACGGCCGGCGCGUGCUCUCCGACUCGCGCUUCCUCGUCGGCUCCACCGUGCAGUACGGCUGCGACCGUGGCUACCAGAUGGAGGGCGGCUCACUGCUCACGUGCCACGCGCGCGACACCGGCAGCCCCAAGUGGAGCGCGCCGGCGCCGCGAUGCGUCCCCGAGGUGUUCGACCCGUGCGUGAACCCCGGCAUGCCGGAGAACGGAUACCAGCUGCUGUACAAGCAGCUGUACCAGCCGGGCGAGCUGCUGCGUUUCUCCUGCCUGGACGGCUUCCAGCUGGUGGGCGACGUGAGCGUGCGCUGCCUGCCCGGCCACCCGUCCCGCUGGAGCGGCUCGGCCCCCAAGUGCCAGGUGGCAUACACGGAGCACCACGCUGACCCGAAAUCUGAAGUUGCCAAGACGAGCGAAUCGGGGGUGCAGAAGCCCGGCCGUGACAUUGUCGUGGCCAUCACCAUCCCCGUGGUCAUCGUGGGUCUGCUCAUCGGAGGGAUUUACGUGUACUUCACCAAGCUGCGCGGGAAGUCGUCCCUGCGCGUGCCGCUCACGAGCUCGCAUUCCUACGCUCGCCUCCCAGACGAGGCCGUCUUCGACAAUCCCAUCUACGAGAUCGGAGAGGCUUCAAAGCGACCGCCGCUCAGUUUCGUCCAUCUGUAGUGCGUGCCCCCCCCCCACCCACCAAUCAGACACCCGGGAGUACGAGGUCUCCAUCUAGGGCGGGCGGGGUGGCUCCGCGGAGAGACGAGCGGCACCACUCUCUCCCGCGACAUCGCCUCACUGGCCGGCGCGGCCUUACGCAGAGCCCUGGGCACAACGCGCCCCUACCGCCGCCCCUGCCCGCCCGCCCUCCCGCCCGCGACAUCAUUCGUGUAAUCGGUCGCAUUACGUAGGAAUCCGCUAAACCGUUCUGAGCAGUUUGCGAGCGCCGCCGUCUUUGUGGGCUUGCGUGGCUUCACACCCCGCAACUGGCACGCAGGUGGUGGGUAAGGUCACACGCCUCCUUCUCCCGCAAAGCUUUACAGCGCAGAGCCGUCUGCCGCACAUCGUUUGUGAAGUCUUUUGGUUUACAGCGCUUUCCGUCGACGCUUUACGUCGCUCGCCGGCCCUGGCGUCGGGGCCCUCUCCUUGCGCCGACAUCCCCCGAGCUCCGGGGGGUGGGUGGGAAUCCGAGAGAGUUUUAUUUAUUUCAUGUGCGGGAUUCAAUGGCUACCUUACCAAACUUGCUGAAACACAAAUGAUGGAGGAAUCGAGCGAGCGAGUCAAAUUGAGAAAAAUCGAUUAACGCUGAGCUUUUGUAACGAGACAUUUUUCACAUACGCUGGAUGUUUGGGUCGCCGACACGCUCGACGCCAGGCGAGCAGCGGUCCCCCCCCCCCCCGCUGAGCGACGUCACAGAUCCCUCACUGCGCCACCCCCCCCCACACCCCGUCUGGCGAGGAGAGGCGUUUCUCAUUUGAGGGAGAUGAUUUAGUUUUGCCGUCUUCAUGAUGAACGCGUCGUUAGCGCGAGCCUUGCUCACCCUGCAGAAUAUAAUAUUAUACGGUAACCUGUGACUCGCGAGCACUUAGUAGCCUGUGAUCGUGAUUGUGUGCUUUACCUGCGAAUUUACAGCCAAUUAGCAGCUUUUACGGCUCGAGUUAACUGCAACCGUUUUCCAAAAAAAACAAACUAAUCGGUGGAAUUUUUACGAUGACCGACGACGUCUGGCAACUUAGUUUCGCAAAAACCACGUCACUUUUUUUUACGUUCCGACAACUAUCUUAACUGUUCCGGGGUUAUUUUUGUUUGUUAAGCACGAGUAAGAAAAAAAAAUAUUUUAAAAAAAGGGGGCCGUAAAGCCCUGAACGUUUUAUCUUAAUCACAUUUAAACUUCAGGUGAGCUCGAGUAAGCAUGCAUGCUCUACUGUAACGCCGAGUCUCGUGUACUACAGUCCGUUACAAUGUUUUACGAACCGAGCCAUGUUAUCACUUUUCCGAAACUGUAUGGCACCUCCGCACCGCUUCUAGCGCACAGCCGCUCCCACCUUAGCACUCAUUCCAGCAACUUUCCCCCUUUCCCCUCGUGUGUUCCGCCAAUUCAAAACCUUCUUGAUCUUUCAGUUUUUCCCAUUUCGCGUAGGACCGCUUCCCCAUACCCCCCCCCCCAUGCCCUCAUCCACCGCCGCGACAUUCGCCGUAGUUUUUCGCUAGGUAGUUUUUUGGACGGGCGAGCGAGUGGGCGAGCGAGCGGGCAAGCACGUGCCGAGACUCGCCGCUCCGCUGCCCCCUUGCGCUCCCAUCCACUUGUAAAUAAGCAGGGCACGUCUUGUGGGAAAGAGGCGCCGUCGGAUGUGACCGACAGGCUUAAGAAACAGACCGCUCGAUUAAUCCGAACCCCGAGGAGAGUAAAACAGCAACGAAGAUGGCCCGAACCGUCUUUGGUGAACACAACUUGAAGGGCGUGCAUCCGAUGUUUUGUUUGAAACCCGUCGUGAACGCGGGAGGGCCCACGUCUUCUUUGCAUUGCAGAGUUAGGACGGCGCGAGGCUGCCCGAACUUCGCCCCUCACUGGACGGCGUUGGGGGCCGGUGGAUGGCCACACCAAGUCGGCGUGGUACGGUGUCGUCGGGCGCGGGAAUGUUUUCCCCCAAGGCGAGCCCGCGGUUCCAUCGUUUCUUGAGGCUCAUUUGUCCGGCGUGGCUUUCAAGUGUCGCUGUUUGUUAUGAUGAUGAUGUGAUCUCUUAUUUAUUGAUUAACUGAAUAAAUUAUGCCGGUUUUGUGUGUA